UUUUUAGAUUUCCACUCAAGAAAAAAUCAAGUCGUUCAUAUCUGUAAUUCAUAUAUUGAAAGACUCUUUUCUUCUGUAAAAGAGAAAAAAAAAAUAGAACAUCCCUAAAGACGAUGGCGGGUAGACAUCAACCUCAAUACGCGCGUUACACUUCUUCAACACAACCUUAUCCCAAUGCUAGUGGAAACAAUAACAAUUUGAAUAUUCCUUUUCCACAACAAAACAAUAACAUGCCAUAUUCAAAUCAACAAACGCAAUACGGAAAUACUCCAUCCAUGGCUUCUCCUUAUUCGACCUCAUCUUCCCCCGGCUACCAUUCACCGAACAUUCCUAAAUAUACUCAAAAUCCACCACUAAAGAAGUAUACGUUACAACCACCACCUCGGAAACUGCCUUUAAGUAAGACUAUGCCGUCUCUAGGCUUUCCGGGCAUGUUCCCACAACGUCCAGGCCAAGACGAAGAUAGCCUGACCGAAUCAAACGUUCGACAAGGUUUCGUCGACAGACCUGUUGUUUCCAAUGAACAUACAUGUGCACAUGACAUUGUGUAUGGAAAACUACAAGAUGAUCAGCGACUAUUAGGUGAGCUGGGUAGUUUUAUGGUUGAUGUGUUACAACGUCAGAGUAGAGCGGGAUGCAUUACUGGACCUUCAUCGUUUAAACCACCCAUUCGAACGACCUUGAUGGAUCCUAAACGAGAGCAGUGGAUGCAGGAAUUAGCAGCAGGAUUGGUACCAUUACGGAAACUUGCCAGAAAUGUACCUCAUGGAUUUAAAGGUGAAAAGCUUUUGGAGACUUUGGCAUCAAAACAGGUUCCAUUUCUUAGGGCCACAUGGUAUAUUAAGAUUGUUGGACUUUCAGAAAUGAGUCAACGUAGCGCUAGUAAUGCAUCUACUUCAAUGGGAUCGCAGCCAUACCAAUGGACAGCUACAGUCACGGGUCACUUAAAAAAGCAACUUAGCGAAUUAAUACCAAUAGCUACAAAUGCAUCCAGUCCUCACCCACCAGUUGGAAAUUCAAGUCGUGGAUUUAAAAGUUACAAUCAAUCCAGCCAUCACGAUAAUUCACCUAAACCUUGGGUUACACCUGAAAACAGAGCACGGUUUGAGCAAAGAUGGUCUUACAGCGUUAGACUAGCGCGCUGGCAAUAUUUUGAAGGUUUACUAGAUCAAAGAACCUUUUUAAAAUGGACUCUGGAUACGUUGGCUGGAAGUGGUUCAUUCGAGGUCAUGUGGUUGGUAUUGACAGGCAUUAUUCAAGAUUAUGUAGACGAAUACAAGAGAAAUAGAACACUCACCAAGUUAUUGAUUGAGACAUUGAUCAAAUCUUACAGCGCGCUUGUCCAAUAUAUGAGUCAAUCACAAGUAGAUCCCAUAGGAUUAGGUGUGCAGCAAGGUUUACAAAAUGAUAUUGAGCAUCUUUUGCAGUCACUUUUUCUCUCGACACCAGAUAUGUUUGUGGUUCCUAAACUGUAUCAUCAAUACCGCUAUCUAUUUAAUACCAUUCUUGGAGACGAAAAUAAACAAAAAGACGUAAAAAAUCUUCCCGAUGUAUGCCGUGUGAUGAAAGUAUAUUGGACCAUGAUCAAAGCACGUAACGAAGUAUUCUGUGGUACAUUGGAAGAGAACGAAAUGCGACCUGAUAACGCUGAACCCACCAAACAAGAACAUAAUGACGAAUCAGCGCCGACAUCGUCAACAGCACUUAAUGAGGGUGUCUAUGAGGAGCGCGUUGUACAUAUUUUAGAUAGCAUUGGUAGGAAUGUUGAUAGUAUCACUGGCCUGUUGUUGGAUAACGAAACAUGGGUUGAUGUUCGUGGUCAUACAGCAAAAUCAGCUGCGAAAUCGAUAUUCGGAACAAACCGAUUACAACCACAGACAUUUAUCAAAUUAAUCAACAUCAUGUGCUGCUGGGCCACAAGUGAUUCAAGAUAUGGUGAUUGGAAAGCCUAUCUAGUUGCCUCGAUCUUAUUGACAUGGAGAGAGCAGGAUAAAACCCAAGAAAACAAAGUUUUGUUACAAGAUGCUUUGAUUCGAUUUUUAGAUGAUGAGGCAGCAGCAAAGAGUAAUAAUGAAGCGACAGAUACCGAAAUAAAUUCAGAGGAAGAAGGCUCAGCAGGGAAGGCAAAUACACCCAUUAUAUAUUUAUUCGAUGUCUUGAUCCGGUUACAUUUAUUCUCUUAUCAAAAAUAUCUCCUCAGACUGAUUGCCAGAGGAGACCUGGAACCUAAACGCCGCCAUGUUCGACAUAUACAACAAUGCUUACAUCACCUAGCCUCCUUUCCAUUACUAAACCCAGCACCCCCUUAUCUAGUCAACCAACGACGUGUCGCCUUAUACGGAACUAAAAACGAUAGCGAUAGUAAAGUAGAGACUGAAGCCCUAGACAAACUAAAGCAUUUGGCUAGGCUUGCAGUAGCAGGGUUUGAUAACGGAGAUACAGACUGUCUAUUUGGAAUAGAGGCUAAGGAAAUGACACAGCCUGUCCCAACCGAUUCUCUGCAGUCUUACGAUUUAGCUUUUUCAGAUGGCAUUAAGAUCGAUUUUGUAAAUAUUAUGGAUUCUACAACUCGUUAUUCUGUAUUGAAUUUUACUAGCAACUGGUUGUUGAGCGAGGUCAAAAGAUUUAUUGUUAAAAGUAUACAGAUCGGAGAAGAUAAUUGGAGAGUCAUGACAUCGCCUGGCUCAUGUUUAUUAAACACAAGACAAUACGUUACAAUCAUUCGUAUCAUGGAAUAUGCCAAAGAUUAUCUUAGUAUCACCGAAACAGCACUAUGGGUAUUGGAAAAAUCAAGUGACCCUGCCUUGUACCCUUAUAUUAUUGACACACUUCGUAAAUAUUCCAAUUACUGGAAAUUAACCAACAAUGGUACACGUGUGGCUAACGCUGUAUGGUCAAAACAUUUGAGCCUCAGUAGCCGCGGAAAUAGAAACAGAUGUAUUAUGAUGUAUAUGGUUCAGCUUGUACAAGAAGGAUAUCAAAUGGAUGAUGUAACUCGAUCACAACUUCAACAAGACUUGCAGGUCAAAUCGAAAUCUCGAGGGCGUUUUGACGCUGGUGUUUCUGUUAAAGACGAACUUUCUCAAUUAGCAAAAGAACCUGCAACCAACUACCUGCAGUUAGUGUCUGAAUCACUAAGUGUACCAUCCCAAAACGCUGCCGGCUGGAUCGGCGCCAUUCUAGAAAGUGCGGGAGAUGUGUUGCGGAUUGUAGCUAAAGAAAAAAAUAUUGUGGAUGAUAUCAAACUUCAUCAAAAGACACUUUCACCCGCCUUAUUUGAUUUUCAUCGUAUCUUGCGUGUAUUUGCAAGUGUGAUAAAAGAUGUGGCAAAUCAUACAGUUUUGACAGGCCAGGCUGAUGAACCAGUGAUACAAUGGCUUUGCAACAACGAAGUGGUUUUAGAGGACAUGAAUCAAGAGUGUUCUUGGAUACCCGUCUUUGUUGCAAUUCUUGUAUCCUAUAAUAUUGUAAGUUUAAGUGCGGUUGUAAAAGAAUUCGCAUUGCCGUGGUUUGAGCAGGUGGGACGUGAAGGACAGCAACACUACGGCACCGAAGAAGGCAAACUAAAUGUGUUCUGUCAGAACUUGAUUAUUCUUAUUCGGCUUUUGAUUGUUCAAACCAGUAAUCAAUUGAAAUCCGAAGAAUCGUCCACUUUAUCGCCGUGGCAAUUACGAGUAGAAGAAUUUUACCGGCUUGAAGUUCAACGACAAUCACAGCUUGCGAGUAGUUUAGACAGAAUUGAGCCGAUGUUCGGAUUAAUGGAGCGCCUUGUACUGAUUGCUACUAAUCUACCUUUGAGCUCGUCCUUAUUGCAGGAUCUUGUUAUGCUCCGAGCGGAUUUAUUACAAAUUACUUGGUUUCGACAAGCGUGUCUUCGUGAUUUAAAUGGGGUGUAUCAACGAUUUGCUGCUCGUGAAGCUGAAGCUACGACGGAAAAACGAAUGAAGAAGAAGAUGCUAAAUAUUGUAGAUGAGUUAAUUGGUGGCAAUAAUCUAGUCAGUGAACGAGGUAUUGUACAUGAUAGCACACCCGAUUUUGUGGAUAAACUUCAUCGAGUCUUUUUGAACGUGAGCCAAUGGAAUGAAGCUCAAUGCCGUGUUCAAGUGAAUCUUUUACUGGACAAUAUAUCUUUAUCCGAUGGUAAUUCGCAAAAUCCGAACAACCCUCAUAUUCUGGGUGACGAUAUAUCCAUGGACAUGACAACACCGACAGAAGCAACCUCAUCUCCGAACAAGGACCUUCAAUCAUUUGUGUACUUUUUUUAUGAUGUGGUCUUGUUAGAUGGGAAGGAAGAAACAGACCCAGUAAAGGCACAACGUCGGUUCCAGUUCUUUAAGAAUUUAAUACAUGAAUUACGUGAGCCAGUUCUUUUAGAACUUUUACAUCAUGGUGCUCGACUCUUGGAAGGUGAUCCAGGACAGAAUUUUCCAAACAAUGUUUUAUUGAUGCAAGUAACAGAGCCAGGUUCCCGAUUUGAUUCUACAAAAUAUGCAUAUCGAAGUCAGGCAUUUUUAAACAUUACACAACAUAUGUUGGCAGAAAAUGUUUGGUCAAACGAAAAGAAGAUCGAUCUUGUGAAAACUGUAUUUAGACAGAUCAACCGGUUCAGGAGCGCAAUGCAUAUAUAUAAGGUCAUGCAAGGUGCAAAUGUUUGUUAUUCAAGUGCCGUCAAUGCUCUUCAACUCGUUAAAAACAACGUGGAUUUGGGUAUUGCUUUACUGGUCACAGAAGGCUUACCCGACAAUUUAGGUGAUGAGGCAAUCAAUGAAAUGAAGCUUUCUUUACAAGAUAUUCGCGCGAGUUUAUUGAUCCGUUUGCGACUUGUUGUGCCUUUCGCAUCUUUAAUAUGGGAGCACCCAAAUAAAGAUGAAUGUGAUAUAUUGGAGUGGAUCCGUGUACUUGUUCCUUUGCUUGGUAAUCCUGUUGUUCAUGGUAAUGGUAGUCAAGAACGCUUUUUUGAAUUUGCGCUCGACUUUGUAUCGUUACUUAUUGAUGAGGUACCGAAGGAUUUGAAGAAAGCUAGUUUAAAUUUGCUCGGUUCAAUGCAUAGCGAAUUGACUUCCGUGCCUGCUAUGUUUCACAGUCGUGUGAAGCGCAUUAUGCCAUUUUUGACGCAUAAUGUAUAUCUGGCCAACACCAGACUUGCAUCUUCCAUGUUGGGCCUACCCCCCACCAACGACCCUCAGCAACAACAACAACACCUAGAGACUUGUUUAGACCAAAGUAAACCUUGGGAAUGGCUUGAAGAUUAUGUCAGUGAACCACCCCAUGAUAACGAUGCGCCUAUCAGCCUAAGCCUAUUUGGCGCCAAAAAGACAAAACGUAUCGAAAAUACGUAUGUCCGAUGGUUUAAGUUUGGAUUUAAUGGAAACGAUUCGAAUAAUAAACAUCAUAUAUCCGUGGUGGAUAAGAAGCGCAAUAAAAGAGUCGCGGACGAAAUCAUGGAUGAGAAUGGAUUUAUAUAUAUAGUGGAUGACGAUGAAGAGAUGGGAUCAGCAGCAAGUACACCCAAUCUAAAGAAGAGAAGAGUUGAGAUGGAAGACGGAGAGUUACCAUAGAUAAAUUAGAACGAUUUCAUUUUCUUUAUUUCAUCACACAUGAAAUCUUAGAUAUGCACAUAAUUAUACCAUGCUAAUGCAGUUCUUAAAUAAAUAUCUGACGAUGUAAAUUUUAGUUACUUAUUC